AUGGCGAAAGUCCUUGGCGCCCUGUGCCUCAUUUCCGUGCUCGCAGAGAAGGCUUUUCAGGGAGAGACGUGUGAGGACUCCUCGCUGUUGCAGCUGGACAGUAUUGAAGACGAGUUCCCCAACUUGAUCCACGUGAACACGCACUUUCACUUGGGUGCCGAACAUUGCAAUUUCGACGAUGGUGAAUAUGAUGUAAAAGUCGGCUACACCUACGAAUUUCACUGGGUCUUCUCCACUGCAGGGCCCAAAGACGGGAUUCUGUCAGGUGGCUUGGGUGGCGUCUUUGCUCGAGACUUGAAUCCAUCCGUGGUGGUGCGCGGCCAGGUGGCCCGCAUCGUGAACGAUCCGAGUCAACCAUACCCGAACUACAACACCACCUGGUUCGAGCCAAUCAAUGACGCCAUGCUGUACAUUGGCUCCACCACCAGCGACUCGUUCAACAACGAGAUGUGCUCUCCGUUCGAG